CAUCAGCAGCUGCGUUCAUCAGAGUGGCGCACGUUGGACUUGGGAAAUAUUUAAAAUUUUCAUACAUCCCCAUGGCCAAUGGUGCAGAAGAUGUCGUAUUUUGUCGUGGGACUGGUCAAAGUGAUGAUUCUGACAUUUGGGAUGAUACAGCUUUGAUUAAAGCAUACGAUAAAGCUGUUGCAUCAUUCAAGAAUGCUUUGAAAGGUGAGGAUGGGGCGACCCCACAAGAAAACGACAACCCAGGGAAGAAGAGGAAAAACAACAAAAAGAAUAAGAGCAGGAAGAGAUGCAACGCAGCACCGGAUAAAGAGUGGCAGGUUGGAGACUCCUGUUAUGCGUUCUGGUCUGAAGAUGGCAACCUGUACACUGCCACCAUUACCUCAGUCGACCAGGAGAAGGGCACCUGUGUGGUCUUUUACACAGAUUAUGGAAAUGAGGAGGAGCAGAACCUCAGUGACCUUCUGACUGAGCCUCCAGACAUGGAUGAAGAUGCUCUGAAGACAGCAAAUGUCAAAGAAACAGAGUCCUCCACAGAAGAGAGUGAUCGCUCUUUCACCCCACAGAAGUCCGGUCAUGCAAAGCACAAAUCUAAAAGCAAUUUUCCUAUGGGACCCCCAUCAUGGUUUCCCAGUUUCCCACCUGGACCGCCACCACCACCACCCCACUUUAAAAAGAUGGAUGGCAGACGAGGAGAAGGUCCUGGUCCUUCCUUUCCUGGAUGGCCUCCCAUGAUUCCACUCGGUCCACCGAUGAUCCCACCACCGCCACCUAUGAGUCCAGACUUUGGGGAGGACGACGAGGCUUUGGGCAGUAUGCUGAUUUCCUGGUAUAUGAGCGGCUAUCACACUGGAUACUAUAUGGGUUUAAGACAGGGCCGUAAAGAGGCUGCUGCAUCCAAGAAAUCGCAUCGGAAAUAAAAACCCAACGAGUGGGAUAUGAACGGGAUGCUGCUGGAGACAUAAUUGUUCUUUUUUGUAUCGUUUGUAAAUAAAUUAAAAGUAAUUGUUCUCUUUUCA